AAAUAUACAUGUGAGGGUUUCAAAAUCUGAAAUGAAAUCAGUCUAUCACCACUCUUCGUUCGAUUAAGUGCGUUGUUUUGUGAUUAAAUUUUUGAGUAUGGCUGGUUCGAUUGAAAACAUGCGUGCUGUUUACAAGAAGAAUGUUUUUACAUAUGUGCCUCCGUCACCACCAGCUAACCUAAUCGAUUGCAGUAAUUUUUUCCUUGAUUUUUCAUCUCGCAAGUUUUUAAACAUCGGACUCGAUCCGACAGAUGAAUUCAACACCUUGAUUCACAUUAUAACACCAUCACGUUUUGUAAAUAUUUCCGCCGAUUUUCUCAAACGUAUUUUCCGACUUAUGGGGAACAUUUUAUCAUUUAUACUUGAACAACCACAAAAGUAUAAGCGUAAUUUAUUUUUGGAUUCCGAUUCAAUUACAAUAUCUAGUAUGGUGUACCAAGGAGAGAAUAUGCUCAUUAUAGAGUCUAAAAUUCAAGACGGAUGUCGCAUACUGUUAAAUCGUAACGACUUAUUAAAGUUACAAGAUUUAGAGUGGUCAAUUUUCGAGAUCAUCGAGAGAAAAACCAAAAUCGUUAAACCGCUCGUAAUACAACAAAUUAAUCAAAUCGCAUCAUACUUAAAAACAAAUACCAAGGUUGAAACUAGAACGCUUGAAGAUAUGACAAUUCGCGUGAAAAACAUUAACAACAUUUGCAUUGCAACACAUGUAAAUGACUACAAUUUCACAAGUCAGCUUCAAUUACAUGUAGCUAAACAUAUCGCACAAAGAUGGUUGGACGAAUUAGAAAAAGAUGAGGGAUAG